GUAACACCCCCAUAACAAGGACAAAUAUAGACACCUAUUCUUAGCUCCGCUGUCCUCCCACAGAAAGAACACUCUGAGCUCUGAGUGCAAUGGGGGACAUGGAACAGUUUGAUCAGGACUUCUACAGCUCUGGGUAUUAUGUGGACGACCAGGCCCAGGCUGUAGCCUCGACCUACGACGACUGGGGUGGCCGCCAUCCUGAAUACCCUCAAAAUGGGACAGAGGCCAUGAUGCCGGGCAUUUUAGAUCAAUCUAUAGAGCAAAGCUACACAGGACAUGUCUUCCAGCCACAAAGGGGAGAAGCUGGGACACUAGGAGGCACAGAUACAGAUUAUUAUGAAGAAGAGCCUCCCCUACUUGAGGAGCUUGGCAUUAAUUUUGACCACAUCUGGCAGAAGACCAUGACCGUCUUGAACCCGUUCAAACCGGCCGACGGCAGUAUUAUGAACGAGACCGACCUGACGGGCCCUAUCCUCUUCUGCAUCACACUAGGGGUCAACCUGUUGAUGGCAGGCAAAGUUCACUUUGGCUACAUCUAUGGAAUCAGUGCCAUGUCCUGUCUGGGGGUGUACCUGCUGCUCAACAUGAUGAGCUCCCUGGCCGUGUCCUGUGGCUGUGUGGCCAGCAUACUGGGCUACUGUCUGCUGCCCAUGGUGGUCCUCUCCGCAUUUGCAGUCUUUGUCUCUUUACAAGGCUACCUGGGGACUCUUUUAGCGUUGUUGGUUGUUGGAUGGUGCAGUAUGUCUGCUUCCAAGAUCUUUAUCUCAACGCUGGCCAUGGAAGAUCAACAGCUACUGGUAGCUUACCCUUGUGCUCUGCUUUAUGGGGUUUUUGCACUGCUUACUGUCUUUUAGAUUUUAAGUUUCUAGUAAAGGCUUAACCCAGUAACAUCAUAACAAAGUGUUGUAACAGAUCACUUCGUGGAAAGUGUUGUUUUGUUAUUUGACGAUGUCCUUAUUCAUUUCUUUAACCUUUUCUUUCAAAUGCAAUUACAGUAAAAAAACUUUGUAUUUUCUGUCCCAAAA